GAACUCAUGUCCUGGGAGAAAAGUGAAGAGAAAACAGAUGGAUGAAGCUUGUGUUUGUUGAUGUGGUUCUGGCGCAUGGGGAUGCCAGCCAAUUUGAGGAAAUGAUCAAAGCCACAACUGGGAAAAAUGCCUUACUUUCCUAUAAUGGGUAUGGAUGUUUCUGUGGACUAGGUGGAAAGGGAACUCCAGUGGAUGCUACUGAUAGGUGCUGCUAUGCCCAUGACUGCUGCUACAGGAGGGCUAAGCAAAGGGGGUGUAAAAACCCUGUAACUACUUCGUAUAAUCACAGAAUCAUCACCUGCCUCGAUGCCUCCAACUCCUGCAAAAGAGAAUUUUGCGAUUGUGACCGGGCGGCUGCCUUAUGCUUCAAGCGCACUCUGAGCACUUACAAGGGGUCCUACCUCUUCUAUCCAAGUAAGAAGUGCGGAGGAAAGAAACUCACCUGCUGAGGAGGAGUAGGAGACAGGCUGCUUUGUAGCUGGUGAUUGGUUUUGUUAAUUUCUAAGGGAGAAAUUUAAACAAGGAAGACCUGAGUCUGGACCCAGCAAAGGAUUCUCUUUGGAGCCAUCCUUUCAGCCCAGACCAGGAGCCUUCCCUGGGAAUCAUGUCUAAUAUAGCCCCUCUUGUAGUCGGAUAUCACCAAUAUGCAUAACUCA